AUGGGUGUUCAUUCUUUUUGGGAUAUAGUUGGUCCAACUGCGAAGCCGGUACGAUUAGAAUCGCUGCAGGACCGGCGAAUGGCAGUCGAUGCUUCGAUUUGGAUUUAUCAGUUUUUAAAGGCAGUUAGAGAUCAAGAAGGUAAUGCAUUAAAGAACUCUCAUAUAGUGGGUUUUUUCAGGCGUAUUUGUAAACUACUAUACUUUGGAAUCAAACCGGUAUUUGUGUUUGAUGGGGGAGUACCGGCGUUAAAGAGAAGCACUAUUCAACAGAGAAAGGAGAGAAGACAAGGAAAAAGAGAUAAUGCUAGUAUUACGGCCAGAAAAUUGCUAGCGAUUCAACUUCAAAAAAAGGAGGGUUCAGGUGCGGCCAAUAAUGUCUCUAAUGAUGACGAGAAUAAGGAAGAUAGUUCUGAACUCUUUAAACCUCAGGAUGAGUGGCAUUUGCCAGUAAUACCGGGCUUCAAAUAUGACAGGGAUGAUCAAAGGGUGGUUUCUGCAAAGACUUUCGAACAAAUGGUAAAUAAGGUGGAUGAUGAGCUUGAGAAUAUUGAUCUGGACUCUAUCAACCCAGCCUCAGCAGAGUUUGAAGAGCUGCCGAAAUCAACCCAAUACCUUAUUCUAUCCACUUUAAGACUCAAAUCAAGACUAAGAAUGGGGUACACGAGGGACCAAUUAGAGCAAUUGUUCCCUGAUAGUAUGGACUUUUCCAGGUUCCAGAUUGACAUGGUGAAAAGGAGAAAUUUCUUUACACAGAAGCUAAUGGGAGCAACAGGUGUACAUGAUGGCGGUGCAUCGAAAUUGGACGACGAGGUGAUUAAACGUGUGUCAGGUCGAAUGAACAAAGAAUAUAAGUUAACAAAGACUGAGAACGGAUGGACUUUAGGACUCGGUGAUAUGGAUGGUUCAGAGUCUCAAAAAGCGAUUCUUUUGGAUGACAAAGAUAUUGACGCUAUGAAUUACAUUCAGAAUAGAAAAGGGAGACAAGCUGAGCAUUUGAAGGCUCUCGAAAGUAGAAAUAAUGAUUUGAUAGAAGACAACGACGAUGAAGACGAUGAAAAUCUCGAAUGGGAGGAUGUUGAUGUAAAACCGCAAACGAUUCAAAAACGAGAGGACUAUUCUAUCAACGCAGCAAAAUUACCAAAACUGGGACAGCAGGUUAAUUCUGUGGGAAGCCGCUCAUUUCUGGAUAGACGACAUGAUCAAGUAUCUCCAAUGAAAAGGCCAUUUGCUCAGAUAAUUCGGCAUAUGGAGGAUAACGAAGAUGGAAGAAGAGAUGAAUUAGAAGACGAUGAUUAUGAUGAUGAUGAUGAUUAUAAGAAACAACUCGAAGAGAUAGAACUCGUAGAAGCAACGCAAAAGUCAAAGAACAUCAUGAGAAAACAAAGAGUAGAGGAUACUUUGAAAGAGAAAUCAAACAAUGUGGAGCCUAAAAACUUGGAAGAGAUUAUGGACACAGCUUUUCAAGAUAAUGAGAACGACAUGAUAAAUAAUAAUGUGACCAAAAACUUGUCACCGGUUGUGAGUUUUCAACAAGCAGCUCCGAUUAGUCAAGAUGAGAUGGUUCCAUUGACUGUUCAGCAGAAGAAACCGGUUGCUGGCGAAUCGAAAGCCGUACCGCUUACAGAAAGCGAACAAAACUUACAGCACAUUGUAAGCAAAAUACCUGAAUUCUCGUUUGGUGGUAAGGAUUCCUUUCUUUUCCAAGACAGCUCCUUGUCAAAGUCGAAGGAUGUUGUUGAAGACGACGUCAACGAGAAGCAGAACGAAAAGCCUGUGCAGGAGACACCAGCCUGGUUUUCAAGCUCUGACGUACAGCAAAACCCCUUCUCGAGCUCAAACUUUGUUAAGGACCAAGAAGUAUUAAAUACACCCAAAUCUACCGAAAAUUACCAAUUAUUAUCAGGCUUGGAUGCCCAAGAAUUGCUGCAAAAAGACGGAAAAGAUGAAGACGACAUCGAGGAAGUUAUUGAGGUUGCUUCGGAAAAGGAAGAUCAAAUGAACGAGAUGGACACUGGAUCUUUGGAAGAGAAUGGGGGCGGUCACAGAAAAGAAAGAGAGGCAUUGGCGUAUGAUUACGAUUUUUCAGAAGGAGAAGAAGAAGAUAUAGCGGAAAACAUGAGGAAAGAACAACUGGAUUUCGCUACAUUUAAGAAUGCCCUCAAUAAUAGGAUUGUGGACAAUGCGUUUGUGGAAGAUGAACUUUUCGAACAGCAGAUGAAAGACAAGAGGGAUUCCGAUGAAGUAACCACCGAUAUGAUCGUUGAAGUCCAAGAUCUGCUAUCUCGGUUCGGGAUACCGUUUAUCACAGCACCUAUGGAGGCUGAAGCUCAGUGCGCUGAACUGCUAGGUCUCAAACUAGUGGACGGCAUUAUCACUGACGAUAGUGAUGUCUUCUUGUUUGGAGGCAGCAGAGUUUACAAGAAUAUGUUCCAUGAGAAGAACUAUGUGGAAUUCUAUGACUACCAGAGCAUCAAGCAAAACCUCGGAUUAGAUCGCGAUACUAUGAUCGAACUGGCUCAACUUUUGGGGAGCGACUAUACAAAUGGGAUUAAAGGUAUGGGACCGGUAUCCAGUAUGGAAGUUUUGGCAGAGUUCGGAAAUUUGAUAAAAUUCAGAGAUUGGUACAAUGAAGGCCAGUUCGACACGAAAAAACAACAAGCAGAAAAUAAGUACGAAAGGGAUCUAAGAAAAAGAUUGGUGAAAAAUGAAGUUGUUCUGAGUUCUGAUUUCCCCAGUGAACUCGUCCGCGAUUCUUACCUAAGCCCUGAAGUAGAUCACGAUAAAUCUACUUUUAUUUGGGGUGCCCCCGACCUGGAUAUGUUACGUCAAUUUAUGAGAGCACGAGUAGGUUGGACACAGGAGAAAUCUGACGAAAUUUUGGUGCCCUUGAUUAGAGACAUCAACAACCGUAAGAAGCAAGCGAGACAAAUGACUUUAAAUGAAUUCUUUCCCUCAGAGUAUAUUCAAGAGAAGAAGCUCAAUUUUGGUAAGAGGCUCACUACGGCAUCUAAUAAAUUGAAGAAACGAAAGAUGAAAUAA